ACAGAAAGUUUUUCUCGUCCGAGGGACCGACGCCGCCGCGGGCCUUUCGGAAGGGAAGGGGGACCGAAAAGGAGGCGAUCGCCGCGCGGGCCCGGGGAGUGCAUGGUGCCCGGCGCCUCAGCUGCCAGUCAGGAGGACAUCGGGGCGGGGUCCGGCCGAGCCUAGCUCCUUCUUCCCCCUGCCUCGCCAGAAAUCGCCCUCCCGGACUGCCGCGGGGGUCCCCGCUCCUCAGCCCGCCAUGUCCCGGCUGCUGCCGCUGCUGAGGAGCCGGACAGCACGCAGCCUGAGGCCGGGCCCGGCCGCCGCCGCCGCCGCCGCCGCCGCCGCCGCCGCCGCGCCCCGCCCGCCGUCCUGGUGCUGCUGCGGGCGGGGGCUGCUGGCGCUCGCGGCCCCCGGCGGCUCGCGAGGGCUGGGCACCCACCCCAAGAAGGAGCCCAUAGAGGCGCUGAACACGGCGCAGGGCGCGCGCGACUUCAUCUACAGCCUGCACUCCACGGAGAGGAGCUGCCUGCUCAAGGAGUUGCACCGCUUCGAGUCCAUUGCCAUCGCGCAAGAAAAGUUGGAAGCUGCACCACCCACCCCAGGACAGCUGAGAUACGUAUUCAUCCACAAUGCGAUACCUUUCAUAGGGUUUGGCUUUUUGGAUAAUGCAAUAAUGAUUGUUGCAGGAACCCAUAUUGAGAUGUCUAUCGGAAUUAUUUUGGGAAUUUCAACUAUGGCAGCUGCUGCUUUAGGAAAUCUUGUGUCAGAUUUAGCUGGACUUGGACUUGCAGGCUAUGUUGAAGCUUUGGCUUCCAGAUUAGGCCUAUCAAUUCCUGAUCUUACACCAAAGCAAGUGGACAUGUGGCAAACACGUGUUAGUACACAUUUUGGCAAAGCUGUUGGGGUGACUAUUGGCUGCAUUCUAGGAAUGUUUCCUUUGCUUUUCUUUGGAGGAGGUGAAGAAGAUGAAAAACUGGAAAAGAAAAAUUAACCCUAUUAGAAUACCUAUAAAAAGAUGUAAACUAAUGUACCUCAAUUACUAAAUAUGCUGUCACAACAUUUAGGAAUUAAGACAAUAACAGUGUAUAGAUACGGGAUCAAAUAAUUCAGCAUGUAUUAUGGAAAACACUAACUUAUUGUGGCUUGGUUUUCUUAGGACAUCUUUUUAAAAAAUGUUUAGUAUCCAUUUUGUGUAAAUUGUUGAAAUGCUUUUUCAUCAAUGGCAGUCAACAUUUUACCUUUUUCUUUAUAUAUCAAAAUAUCAUUUAAGUUUCAGUCAUUGAUGUACUGUACUAAGUUGGGGUUUGCAUAUUUGUUACUUCAUGUGUGUGCAUGCAUGAAAGGAUCUUCUGUCGUUGCUGUUGUUCUCUAGUUACAACUCAGCCUUGAGAUUUUUGCCACAUUACUUAAGAUGUGUAAUGUAAGUUAAAGGUUUUUUUUUACUCUAUUUGGGCAACAUCAAUUUUGUACUGUUUUACAUUGAACAUUUACAAUCAUAUAAUUUUAGUCAUUUUUUAAACUCUUAGUCGUUUCAAGGUAGACACACACUUUAAGUAUUUUAAGUAUCUAUUAUUCACUUUAAUUUUCUGACCUCAAUGUCUCAAGAGCCAGAGGUUAAUCAGAAUGAGUAAUUAUGUGAUGUCCUUACUACAUAAAACCAUAUAUGUUAGUAAGUGUAUUAUUUUCUGUUGAUUUUUUUAUCUUUAAUUUCUCAAUUUUAAAUCAUUACAUGGUAGCUUCUGCUCCAAGAAAAUGAUGAUUUUAGGGUCUUUUAUAAAUGGGGAUUGUGGAAUUAGGGUAAAAUAAGGGGUUUGACAUGACACUUGGAAAUUAAGAGGCUAAAAAACUUUUUUAGAGAAAAAGAAAAUGGGAACUGUUGAGAAGGCUUAUGGUAUAAGUGGUAAAGUUGAAGUCAUGUUUGGAAGGUUAACGAGAUACAAAUUCUGUUGUUUGGGAUGGAUUUCUUUUUCCCCAAAACGUCUUCUCAUCUGAAUGAAUCUGAAUACUCCAUACUCAUAAUCCUGAUGUCUUAUCUUAUCACAUAAAAGUUUUAUUUCUGGAUAAUUUACUUUGAGGUGAAGACUAAAUAUUUUAUAUUUUGCUUUUUGGCUAUGAAUAGUAAUCAAAAGUUAUGUGAGGAGAAAUCUUUUUUUUUUUUUU